UUAGAGGGUAAUAAUGUUAUUGAUUCUAUGAUCAGUCACGAUCAGGAAAGUUGCCAAAUUUGAGCUAGGAAUUAAGCCAGCUGGUGGGGUCUAAUUAUCUUACCUAAACACGAAUUGACCUGAAUGGAUAAUGUGAACUAACUAAAUAAUCAACAGGGCUGUGGGUGUGGGAGAGCUAGUCUUUUAAGCAACCUUUAGUAGUACAAUGCUAUAAUUCAGUGACAAGAAAGUUGAAACCGUAGUGGUGUACUUGUAAGAACGAAAUCAUAUUAUUUUGUCAACUCAAAGACCUAUUCCACCUUAUAACGGUCCCUUUUCUCGAAUACACAAAAACAUCCAUCUGGGGAAGAUGGGACUUGCCUAUCAUUGUGGUGAGAGCUAGCUGUUCAUAAAUCCUUAUUAUGAUCUUUUCACACAAAAUCCAUCUUCUGCAAGCAUAUGUUUGGAGUAGUAUGUUGUAGAAAGAUUAGUUUCAAAGCGAUUGCGGGAAAACAUGCACUGGAAGAAGAAUAGGCUGCGAGCAGAUGAGUCGAUGAGGAUGCCAAUUCCUAGAGUUACACUCGCUUCUAUUGAAUCCUUGUCCAUACCACUUGUGCAGGAAGUCGUGUUCUUGGCGGACUACCGGUGCACCAAGUGCCAGCAGAGGGUGGCUGAAGUGAUGUCAAAGAUGAAUGGAGAAACGAAAUCAUUAUUGAUAAGUGUGGUGGAGAAGAAGGUGACUCUAACUUGUGAAUAUUCAAAAGAAGAAGCAGCUUCAGUCUGCAGGAACCCCUUCAACAGAUUUGCUUUCCUCAUGCGUUGCUUCCUCUCUUCUUGCACCUGAUUAAUUACUAACACAAGUGUGUACCUCCAGCUUUACUAAUAAUUUCUGCUUACUUUCCCCUUAGUCAGGUUGCAUAUUACGCGUGUAAUUAAUGUUAGCAAUAUGCUGAUUUUUUUCUUAUAAUAGUUUUCUAUGUCUAUACUUUAAUGGCUCCUUACAAAUUAGUGAAUGAUUUAAAUCUGUAUUUUUCGAUUA